UUUCAUCUUCAUCUCCAAAGCCUUUCAGCAGUUACAGAAGAAGGAAGAUAUUAUCUCUUCCCAUUUUGCCCCUGGUGCCUACCCUUUCCACAGGCCAAAAUGCGUGAAAUUCUCCACAUCCAAGGAGGGCAAUGUGGGAAUCAGAUCGGAUCGAAGUUCUGGGAAGUCGUCUGCGACGAGCACGGCAUCGAUCCGACCGGUCGAUACAUGGGAAGCUCUGAGCUGCAGCUCGAGAGGGUGAAUGUCUACUACAACGAGGCGAGCUGCGGGCGGUUCGUUCCACGGGCCGUGCUGAUGGAUCUUGAGCCCGGGACGAUGGACAGUGUACGGACGGGGCCGUAUGGGCAGAUUUUCCGGCCUGAUAAUUUCGUCUUCGGGCAGUCGGGGGCAGGGAAUAACUGGGCUAAGGGGCAUUAUACGGAGGGAGCAGAGCUUAUCGAUUCGGUUCUUGAUGUCGUGAGGAAGGAGGCGGAGAAUUGCGAUUGCUUGCAAGGCUUCCAAGUCUGUCAUUCUCUCGGUGGCGGGACCGGCUCUGGAAUGGGCACUCUUCUCAUCUCUAAGAUCAGAGAAGAAUACCCAGAUCGAAUGAUGUUAACCUUCUCUGUCUUUCCCUCUCCAAAGGUCUCUGACACCGUCGUCGAGCCCUACAAUGCUACUCUCUCCGUUCAUCAGCUAGUUGAGAAUGCCGACGAGUGCAUGGUCUUGGACAACGAAGCGCUCUACGACAUCUGCUUCAGGACUCUCAAGCUCAGCACACCAAGCUUCGGUGACUUGAAUCAUCUUAUCUCUGCGACCAUGAGUGGAGUGACAUGCUGCCUCCGCUUCCCGGGUCAGCUCAACUCUGACCUCCGAAAGCUCGCUGUCAACCUCAUUCCCUUCCCCCGCCUCCAUUUCUUCAUGGUCGGUUUCGCCCCCCUCACAUCCCGUGGUUCCCAGCAGUACCGUGCCCUCACCGUCCCCGAGCUCACCCAGCAGAUGUGGGACGCCAAGAACAUGAUGUGUGCAGCAGACCCCCGCCACGGCCGCUACCUCACGGCAUCAGCCAUGUUCCGUGGCAAGAUGAGCACGAAAGAAGUCGAUGAGCAGAUGAUCAACGUCCAGAACAAGAACUCGUCCUACUUUGUCGAGUGGAUCCCGAACAACGUGAAAUCGAGUGUGUGCGACAUACCACCGCGGGGUCUUUCUAUGGCUUCCACGUUUGUCGGGAACUCCACGUCAAUACAGGAAAUGUUCCGGCGGGUGAGCGAGCAGUUCACUGCCAUGUUCCGUCGGAAGGCAUUCUUGCAUUGGUAUACUGGAGAGGGGAUGGAUGAGAUGGAGUUCACGGAAGCCGAGAGUAACAUGAAUGAUCUUGUUUCAGAGUAUCAGCAAUAUCAGGAUGCGACGGCUGACGAUGAAGGAGACUACGAGGACGAGGAAGAAGGGGUGCCAGGGAAUUGAAGGUGGCUCUACUCUCUACUAGGCUGUGUUUGGAUGCCCAAGUGAAUUGGAUUGCAAACAUUCAAUAUAUAAUGGUGCUUUCUGCAGCAUUCGCGAUUGAGGUGUAGCCCUCAAAAUCGCAGUUAUGUUUCUUUAAGUCCAACUUGAAAGAUAAGGCAAUUGC